ACUCAGGUUGCCUUUUUAUGUUAGGUUUUAAUUUUUCAAUCCAUAUACUAUGAGAUAAACACAAAAACAGAAGAAAUCAGGAUGAAUACAGACAAAUUCUAGGAGGAACUCAAUAUAUCAUGGAUUAACUGAUUAACUGAAUUGUUGAUGAUGAAUUGUGUGUUUGUUCUGCAGGAGUUUACAGUCUCACUGGAAAGAGUCCAGAUCUCAUCACAGCCGGAUCCACAGACUCCUUCUGGAGCUUUGAUUCAUGUGCCGCGUUACUUGGGCAACCUGCCCUUCAGAGUCUGGAAGAAGAUGCAGGACAUCAUCCAGAACACUCCUGUGAUUCUGGAUCCAAACACGGCUCAUCCACGUCUUCUCCUGUCUGAUGAUCUGAAAUGUGAAAUACAGUAAGAACCAACCUCUUCC